AUGAAGCGUCUGCAAGCGGGUUUUUUCCGUCGAGAUCCUCGAUUGAAGAUUUUGCGUGGGAAGGAAGCGGUCGGCAUGCGGAAUGGUCCCAGACUGGCGAUUAUUGUUAAAGCCGAUGUCGACGGCUCUCUUGAGGCAAUUCUAGAUGUUUUCAGUACCUACACAUCAGAGAAAUGUUGGUUCGAUUUGGUGGAGGUUGGCGUCGGGCCAGUUACAGAAAACGAUAUCGAUAUGGCUGAGACAUUCAACGCUAUUGUUUAUUGUUUCAAUACACCCGAAUCUCCUGUUGAAGAAAAGCUGGCUAAAAGCAAGCAGGUGGAUAUUCGCAAAUUCAACAUCAUAUACAGGCUGGUCGAAGACUGGAAGAGCGAGCUGAACAAUCAGCUUCCCCUGGUUACCAAGGAAAGAAUAGUUGGAGAAGGAGUAGUUCUGAAGGAGUUCCUGAUCACAGAAAAAGGUAAAAAGCUGCCUGUCGCUGGAUGCAGAGUCACCAAAGGAACGUUAAAGAAGAAGUGUUUCAUAAAGUUUCUGAGGAAUGGCGAGGUGUUCUAUAACGGAGUUGUCACCUCUAUGAAGAGAGAAAAAGAAGUGGUCGGUUCUGGAAAUGUAAACGAAGAAGUUGGUUUGAUGGUGGCUGAUUCGGAUAUUCGUUUUCUACCUGACGAUAUAGUGCAAUGUUAUGAAACGUACGAUGAGCCUCAAGAGAUCGAUUGGUUUCCGCCUGGAUUUUGA